UACACCCAGCAAAGCUGCUGCCGCCACAAGCAAGGAUGAUAUGAGUGUGGACAUGACAGUUAAGCUGCAGCGAGUAGAGGAAGAAGAAGAAGUAGCGGUGGCUCGUUGACAGGGAGGCGGCACGAGACCGCAGGGAAAAAAAAAAAAAACACACCAAAUCCAGCACGAGCGAGGCGGACUGGACUUCAGACUCACAUAUGGCUUCUCUGGGCAGCGCAGAGCGACGGGCUUUCGCUCUGAAAAUCAACAGGCACUCUUCUGCAGAGAUCAGACGACACUUCAGUGGAAACCAUGGCUUCCAACACAGCAGAAGCAACUCCAAUGCUUCAGCCUCAAUGUGCUUCACUGUGCCUCCGUCAUAUGAAGCGGUGGAGCCCUUGGACCUGGAGGAAUUCCUUACAUCACAGUUAAGAAGUGGAGAGUCGAUCCUGAUGCAGGAACUCGGAGACUUCCCGGAUGAUGACCUGAAGGUGGAGCAGGUGGAGAAGGAGUGCCGCACUGUAAAACACUCAGUUCCUGAAGAGGGACCGGAGCCAGAUUCACAUGUGAGCGACUGUGUGAAGAGUUACACCCAGCCAUGGCUCGUGGUGACCAGGAGGUGCCAGGGGGAUGGCUGGAGUGCUUAUUCAGAGCGAGCCGGCCUCCACAAACUUCUCCGUAAGCAGACGUUUGAGUCGGACAUCCAGCCUGAAGACCCACAGAAGCCGGUCAAGUCUCCAACUCUUGCGGGCCUGACUGAUGACUCCGGCCGCACGUUGACCUCCUCGGAUUUUAACUUGAGGUGUUUGACCCCAGACCAGAGGGUGGAAGGGCUGAUGGCCUUCAGCAGCCCCGAGGAGCUGGACCGCUUCAAUCAUGAGGCACGGCAGGGGAACAGACACCCGGAGCUGUUUGCUCUUUGCCCACCAGCAGACGAGGAAGAUGCAGUGGAGAUUCGGCCAAUCCCUGACUGCCCAAAAGAACACACUGGAGACCGCAUCCUGGUCCGAUGCCAGGCCAUCAAGUUUGAGAUUGAUAUUGAACCCAUUUUCGCCACAAUGGCCUUGUAUGACCUGAAAGAGAAGAAAAAGAUAUCUGAGAACUUCUACUGUGAUCUGAACUCUGAACAGUUCAAAAACUUCUUGAAGCCUCACACUCCACAUGUGGACCAGUCCAGCAUGGCCCGAUCUGCCAUCUUCUCCAUCACUUACCCUUCCCCUGACAUCUACCUGGUCAUUAAGAUUGAAAAAGUUCUUCAGCAGGGAGAGAUCAGUGAUUGCGCCGACCCCUACAUGACAUUACGAGAAUGUGACUCUGCAAAGAACAAGGACAAGCUUGAGAAGCUGCGCGGUCAGGCAGAGAUGUUUUGCCAGAGGCUGGGUCGCUAUCGCAUGCCCUUCGCCUGGGCUACCGUCAAUAUUAUGGAGGUCAUUUCCACAGCUACAAUAGACAGAGACGUCACAGACUCUGACAGCUUAAAAGGAGGUAAAUCCAGCAGUAUUGACCGGAGAGCGCAGUUUCCCAGGAGGAACUCUGAACGUUACAGCACCAUCGAUGAUCAGUUCUGUAACAUUUCUGCCUUCAAGCCUGCUACCAUCACUAUCAGCACCAUCUUUAAACAGGAGGGAGAUCGACUGAGUGACGAGGACUUGCUAAAGUUCUUGUCCGAAAUCAAGAAAACCUCAACUCCACAGAGGAGAACCAAGACAAUACCAGGCUCAAUUAAACUGGACAUGUCUCCAGUCCAUGAUACACCACUGGCAUGUUUGUCCCCUGAACUCAUCCCUUUGAUACCUGUGGCUGAGAAAAACAUUCGGCCGGUUAAAGAGGUGCUUGAGUUCCCAUCCAGCGAGGUUUAUGUCCCCCACAACAUUUACAGGAAUCUGCUCUACGUUUAUCCCCAGAGGUUAAACUUUGUUAACAGGCUGACAUCAGCGAGAAACAUCACCAUCAAAAUCCAGUUUAUGAGCGCAGAGGACGCAGCCGGCUGUCUCCCUGUAAUCUUUGGGAAAUCAAAUGGCCCUGAAUUUCUAUCGGAGGUCUACGUUCCUGUUACCUAUCAUAACAAGUCUCCAGAUUUCUAUGAGGAAGUGAAGCUGGCUCUUCCAGCUCGUCUGACAGAGAGACACCACCUGCUCUUCACCUUUUACCACAUCAGCUGCCAGCAGAAGCAGAACCAGAGCGGCAGCUGUGAGACGCUCAUUGGAUUCUCUUGGCUGCCUCUGUUGAAUAAUGACCGCCUUCAGACUGGUCAGUUCUGUCUGCCAAUUGCCUUGGAGCGACUCCCUGCCAACUACUCUCUGCACACGCCUGAGAAACUUCCGAUCCAGGUCCCUCCGGUCAAGUGGAUGGAGAGUCAUAAAGGACUUUUCAACCUCGAGAUCCAAGCAGUUUCAUCUGUACACACACAGGACAACCACUUGGAACGUUUCUUCACCCUCUGCCACGCCCUGGAGGGUGGAGCAACAUUCCCGCUGCGGGUCAGAGAGGAGAAGAUUCCAGAGAACAAGCUGGAGCAUGAACUGAAGCUCAGCAUCAUCUCACUGUCCUCCUCCAGUUUAGAGCCUCUGGUUCUCUUCCUCCAUCUAGUGCUGGACAAGCUCUUCACUCUCAUUAUGCAGCCCAUGGUCAUCGCUGGACAGACUGCCAAUCUGGCUCAGAUAGCCUUUGAGUCCGUGGUUUCUAUCGUCAAUAGUCUACACAACAGUCAGGAGCUGAUCAGGGACCUGCAGGGGAGAAACAGCCUCCUAGCAACCUACCUAUACUGGGUGUUUCGUCUCCCUGAUCCUCCUCAAGAGAUGCAGAAUUCAGGUUCAGCCAGUAUGAUACCUCCGUCAGAGAGCCGUUACAGCACAAUGGGUCGAGCCACAGCAGCCACAGUGGGCAGUAUGCUUCUUCAGUCCAGAGUCCGCAGCAGUAGCAACCCAGACAUCCCGGCUCCACACAACUCUGCUGAAGACAUGGAGGUCAAAAACAUCCUAAAGGGCAUCAACAUCCCAGGCAGCCGCAUGUCAACCUAUGGGGAAGUAACAAACCACCAGAACUCUACUGGAAGCACCAGGCCAUCAAACAGGAAGCAGUUUCAUGAGGAGUUGGCCCUGCAGAUGGUAGUCAGCACUGGGGUCUGCAGAGAAAAUGCUUACAAAUACGCCUGGUUCUUCUUCGAGCUGCUGGUGAAAAGCAUGGCUCAGCAUGUGUCUCAUCUCGAGAAGCACAGCGUCCCUCGAAGGAGCCGCUUCUCUGAUCGAUUUAAAGAUGACAUCACCACUAUUGUCUCCGUGGUUACAGCUGAGAUUGGGACCAUCCUUGUCAAGCAACACAAGGAGGUAGAGCAAGCAGAAAAAGUCAACAUCAGCCUGGCCUUCUUCCUUUAUGACCUGCUGUCUCUCAUGGACCGAGGGUUUGUCUUUCAGCUGGUGAAAAACUACUGCAAUCAGAUGUCAGCUAAGAGUGUAUCAAUGCCAACACUGAUCAGCAUGCGUCUGGAGUUCUUGCGAAUCCUGUGCAGUCAUGAGCACUACCUCAACCUGAGCCUCUUCUUCAGCAGCCCUGCCUCUGCUCCUGCCUCACCGUGUCCCUCUAUCUCCUCUCAGAGUUCUGGCUCCAUUGGUUUCCAGGAGCAGCAGAGGAUCUUGGCACUGUUUGAGCUUUCUCAGGAGUUCAAGCAGCAGCACUACCUCACCGGUCUGCUGCUGACAGAGCUCAGUGCUGCUCUGGACUUGGAAUCAGAGGGAGGAAAGGUUCAGAAGAAGGCCAUCAAUGCCAUCUACAGCUUGCUGUGUUCUCACGAUCUUGACCAUCGCUGUAUCAAACCUGAGGUCAGAGCCAAGGUGGCAGCUCUCUACCUCUCCCUGGUGGGGAUUAUCAUCGACUCCACCAACUAUUUGGACUUCACUGUUUCUGAUGCGCGCGGUGGGAAAAACAAGACGGGCGGACCUGAGGAUGACCUUGAAAAUGUCCCACCCAUCAAUCAGUCUGUUGCCAUGGCAAUUGCUGGGAACCCCUUUAACACGCUGGGACGGAAUGUUCUUGUUUCCAUGGCAUCCAUGCAAAGUAAAUCCGUAGCCACCCUGCCUGCAGACACCAGUCGCCACCUAUUGGUGUGUUUCCUGUGGGUGAUGAAGAACGCUGACAGGAAUCUGAUUCAGCGCUGGACUGUAGACAUGCCGCCCUCACAGCUCAACAAGCUGCUGGAGCUUCUCACUAUCUGUGUCUCCUGCUUUGAGUACAGGGGUAAGCAGAGCAGUGACAAAGUGAGCACCCAAGCCUUGCAGAAAUCCCAGCAGGCUAAGCUGCAGCUGGAAGAAGCCCUGCUGAGAGGAAUGGGUGCCCGCGGGGAAAUGAUGAAACGGGUUGGAGGAAUGGAUCGGACCAUGGGCCAGAGGGAGCACCUGCGAUGGAGGAAAGAUCUCACUCAGUGGAGGCAGACCAAUGACAGGCAGGAUAAGACUAAAGCAGAGUUGGACCAGGAAGCUCUGAUCAGCGGGAACUUAGCAACAGAGGCUAACCUCAUCGUGCUGGACCUGCUGGAAACCAUCGUACAGGCGGUGCCGCUGGCUGACUGCAAGGACAGUGUGGUUGGCGGUGUGCUGAAGGUGUUACUCCACUCUCUCACCUGCAACCAGAGCACCACUUUCCUCUCUCACACCUUCAGCACGCUCAGAGCGCUCGUUGUCAAGUUUGGGGACUUGUUGUUUGAGGAAGAGGCGGAGCAGUGUGCCGACCUAUGCCAGAAGGUGCUUCAGUACUGCAGCAGCCCCGUCGAUGAGAACAGGAGCCAGGCCUGUGCUACCCUCUACCUCAUCAUGAGAUACAGCUACAGCAACGCCAGUAACUUCUCCAGAGUGAAGAUGCAGGUCACCAUGUCUUUGGCCUCACUGGUGGGCAAGUCAUCAGACUUCCAAGAGGAAUACUUGCGUCGUUCUCUACGCACCAUUUUGGCCUACGCAGAGGAGGACAGUGAGAUGCAGAGCAGCCAGCUGCGCUCACAAGUGGAUGAGCUUCUCAGAAACCUUAACAGUAUUUUGUCAGACACAGUGAAGAUGAGGGAGUUCCAGGAAGAUCCAGAGAUGCUCAUGGACCUCAUGUACAGGAUUGCAAAGGGCUAUCAGACAUCUCCUGACCUCCGUCUGACCUGGCUGCAGAACAUGGCGGAGAAGCACAACAACAGGAAAUGUUACACUGAGUCAGCCAUGUGUUUGGUCCAUGCUGCUGCCCUGGUGGCCGAGUAUCUCAGCAUGCUGGAGGAUCACAAGUACCUGCCUGUUGGCAGCGUCACAUUUCAGAACAUCUCCCCCAAUGUGCUGGAGGAGUCGGCGGUGUCAGAUGACAUCCUGUCCCCAGAUGAGGACGGGGUGUGUUCAGGACGCUACUUCACUGAGAGUGGGCUGGUGGGACUGCUGGAGCAGGCGGCUGAGCUCUUCAGCAAUGGCUGUCUCUACGAGGCAGUGAAUGAGGCCUACAAGAUCAUUGUGCCAAUCCUUGAGGCUCAUAGAGAUUUCCGAAAACUAGCAUCCACUCACGACAAGCUGCAGAGAGCCUUUGACAACAUCAUUCAGAAGGGCCACAAGAGGAUGUUUGGAACCUAUUUCCGGGUGGGUUUUUAUGGGGCCAAGUUCGGCGACCUGGAUGAACGGGAAUUCAUUUACAAGGAGCCAGGGAUCACACAUCUGCCUGAGAUAUCACACAGGCUGGAGAACUUUUACAGCCAGUGUUUUGGUGAUGAUACUUUAGUGAUGAUUAAAGAUUCAACACCGGUGAACAGGAAACAGCUGAACCCCAACAAGGCGUACAUCCAGAUCACUUAUGUGGAGCCGUUUUUUGAUGACUACGAGAUGAAAGACCGGCUGACAAACUUUGAGAAGAACUUCAACCUGCGACGCUUCAUGUACACCACACCCUUCACAAAGAGUGGCCGACCGCGGGGUGAACUCAACGAGCAGUACAAGAGGAAGACCAUCCUCACCACCAUGCAUGCUUUCCCCUACGUCAAGACUCGUAUCGACGUCAUCCAAAAAGAGGAGUUUGAUUUGACUCCCAUUGAGGUGGCCAUUGAGGACAUGCAGAAGAAGACCCGAGAGCUCGCCGUGGCCACACACAGAGAACAGCCUGAUGCUAAGAUGUUACAGAUGCUGCUGCAGGGGUCUGUGGGAGCUACUGUUAACCAGGGCCCGUUGGAGGUGGCCCAGGUCUUCCUGAAUGAGAUCCCAGCGGACCCGAAGCUCUUCCGUCACCAUAAUAAACUGCGCCUGUGUUUCAAAGAGUUUAUAAUGAGGUGUGGCGAGGCCGUGGAAAAGAACAAGCACCUGAUCACAUCAGACCAGAAGGAGUACCAGCAGGAGCUGAAGAAGAACUACAACCGUCUGAGAGAGAGCCUGAGGCCCAUGCUGGAGAGAAAGAUCCCAGAGCUCUACAAACCCAUUAUCAGGCCCCGACUGGAGAACAGGGAUUCCUUUAAACGCCUGAGUUUCCGCAGAGCUCAGGAGGAAAACUCGUGAGAUGCUACAGCUUGCUUGAGAGAAAGAGAGAGCUACAGAGAGGAACGGGAUGCUGUCACACAAUCGAGGGAGAAAAAGAGAAGAGAACAUGGAAGAGGACAAGAAAAAGAAGGGAGCUGCCUGUGAUACCCUUGCACUUAUUUGCGCUGGAGCAGCACAACGGUCUAAAAUGAACUCACAGUUUCCCUACAGUCCUGCAGCAUUUCUCAAUGUCUGCUUUUGUCCACUUUGAUGAUUUUGUGGUCGUUUGUUACAGGAGGAAAAGAGGACUGAGCACAUAAAAAUAGGGAAGUGGGAAUCUAAAGCGAAAUGUAGCUUUUUGAGCAUUUCACUGUAAAAUCUUCAGAUGCUGUAGCUCUGUUGAUUUCUUUUUUAGGUAACUGCAAGUCCUAAUAAUGCUGCAAACAUUUCCUCUGGGUCGGUUGAGAAGGAAUCCUUCUGAAAUCCCUGCUACCCCAGGGUGUGUAUGUGUGCCAAUCAUGCCUGUGACCUGUCUGGAUGUGCGUGUAAGUGCGUGAUUGGAUUUGUGUUUAUGUAGUUAAUGUGUGAGGUAGAAGAUGUCGGUGCCAUACUCAGUGGUGAUAGAUGAUUCUGUUAUGUGCUAAAGGGCCUUUGAAAUCCUACUCUGUGCGUGACAUGUGCCAGUUAGAGCAACAAGUGUGGGGUGUGUUGAUGGAUAGUGCACUGGAAAAAAAGACAAUUUCCUUUGUUAACUCUUGAGGCCGUUCUUGUGUUUUUUCAGUGAGAAAAAUCGAACCAAGCUGUGUAAUUAAUAGAAGUGUUUAACUUAUUAAGACUUGUAAUUUCACAGGAGGAAGACAGACUUAUCUGAGGCUCUAAAUUACACAUUAUGCAGCUUAUCUCUAAUUCCACAUUUUGUAAAUAAUAGAGAGGUAUUGCUUUAGAUAGUUACAAAGAUGUUUACAAUGGUAUGAACUAUUUUGCAUUUUAUUUUCCUGAACGGUAUUUUUAGAGAAAUGAUAGCAAUAAUAAAUUUGGAAAUAAUAUUCAGGAGGCAGGAAUCAGCCUGAGUGUGCUAUAACAGUCUCAUUGUACAGUGUUUCAUUGUAGUUUCAGUACGUCAGCUCCCAUGUAAAAAACACAUCCUACCAGAUAACAGUGCCAAAUUUACUAAUAUGGAGACUGAUGAUUCCUUCAAAUGGAAAGUUUGAAGUUAUGAACUUGAAGCUUUCAGUAAACUUCAGCUUAUGAUGUCAUGAAUACCAUAAGUCAGAUGGUCUCAUGAACAUGGUAAACACGACCCCAUUUGAAGGCGCCAUGAGAUCCUUAACUAGAAUUGUAAUAUUUUAAAAAGUCACUCCAUACAACUUUUUCUGCAUUGUGAUUUAUGUUUAAUGAGUAUUUCUGAUAACAUUCCAGAGGACGAAUUUAAAACUGCUCAGCAGUAUUAAAUAGCUAAUUUUAUUUGAAAUCCAUGGAACAUCUCAUUUCAUCGGUUUAUGUUGCAGCCCAUUUUGUAUUUCAAUAAAUGUGCUUUGUGUUUCAAAAGUGGAUGUACAUUUCUAUACAUCAUUAAUGCUCAUUUAACAAUUCAUGCUUUGUUUCCAGGUUCAGAUUCUAUUUAUGAACUGUUGAAUGUUUUUAAUUGGCUGAAUAGGAUCGAAAAAGUAAUUUAACAUGUUUAUUAAUGAUGUGUAAUAAUAAAAAGUAUAUCCAUUUUUGAAACAUACAACAUAUUGCAGAAAGUUGAUGUCAUGUUUUUUGUGUGUCCACCACCAGAGACUGCAUUGUUUCUUUAUCUGUAUUUUUGUGUUCUCACCUGUUGUUUUAUUAAAUGUUGGUUUUUAACUUGUCAUGCAUACAGUGCUGUUGAAACACCUGAAUAAAACCUAAUAUAUGCA